CCGAUGUAACACUAUCGCCGAUAGGAUGACCUCAUUUCUGGAGGGAGUAUCGCCAAUAAGGAACCGUGAAAGAAGAGGUAUAUCGAAGAAGAAAACCCUGGGGUGCGUUCGUUUAUUUAGUGGCAACCUAACCCGCUGCUUCAACUGGCUGCGCAGUAUACUGCGCAGCUACCUAUUGUAACUGCUGGGACACGUUUACUGCGCCGGCAAGCAGAUGGGGGAUCCUGCAGGGGUUUGGGCUUGGGUAAAGCGUCAUCACGCCAUCAAAUUUACGCGGGAUAUCGUUGCGCGGUAUAUUCAGUUCAGAUUCGGAUCAUGAGCGGAUUAAAUCUAAAUUCAGACGUACACUUUUUGUGUACUGAUACCGAUGGGCAGCCUCAUCGUGAUCAAGAUAAACUGGUUAUCUGGAAUAAUGAAAGUAAGUAAUUAUUGAAAGCAUAAUUGGUUGUAUUUUUAAUUAGACGUGUGUGAGUAUUAAUACUCGACGCUGUUCACUGCCUAUUGAGGCAGAUCAAUAGAUAGUCUUUUUACUUGCAUGUGCUUUGCCAUACGUACCAUUGACGAAUGAAAUACACAAACUAUCCUUCAGAACAAACUAUGAUGCUGGUACCAGAUGUACCAGAAGUUCAGGCGUUCUUCGGUCUGAAAUUGCCUACCUCACUACCUUCCUCGCUACCUACCUCAAUAGCUAACCCAAUCCCAAUUCUAACUUUGAACACCACGGAAGAAAGAGCAUCUUCCAAUAUAUCUAAACAAGAUUCAGAAUGUCAACGUAUGUUCCACGAGAGUUUGCAAUUGGCAUCAUGCCGAGCAUCAUGCAAUGACCAAGGGUCAUCCAAUUCUGCACCACAAAAUUUCAAAUGGUCAAAUGCUACAACUAUGCUUCUAAUUGAAUUGAGGCUGGAAGCAAAUGCAGAGUUCAUGAAAACACAGAAAUCAUUCAACAAACAUUGGGAUAAGAUAUUAACCAUUUUUGCUCAACAUGGGUAUUCUGUUACCCGUGAAGAGUUGAAAUCGAAAUGGAAAAAUUUGCUUGUUACCUAUAACCGAAACGUCGACAAACUCGCAAAAACGGGUGAAAGUUCCAUAGAGUGGGAGUUUUUUGAAAAAAUGCACGAUGUUCUUGGAGAUAAAAGAAAUGUUGAGCCACCACCUAAUACAUUGGGCUCCACUCUCCAAAUAAAUAAUGUGAAUAAAUCAUUAUCUAACAACAAUAAAAAUCAAUUCCAAUCUGACACAAUAAUUAACACAGAUAAGGAAAAUUCGGAAAAUGAUGAAGACACAGCGAUAGAUUCCGAGGUGAAAGAUGAUGAAGAACAAGAGGCUACACAAUUAAAAAUAAAACUUGUACCAACUCUAAGAGGGAAUUUGCAAAAAAAAAAAAAAACAAAUAGAAAGAGGAAGAGCGACGUUAUUUAUGAAAUUAGAGACCUGCUGGGUGAAAAAAAGGAAAAGGCCCUAGCACAACAGCGAUCGAUGUGGGAGGAAAAAAAAGAAAUUGAACAGAACCGGACAAAUGCUAUUCUGGCACUGGCAGAGGCUAUCAGAGGUUCAAAGAAACGACGCAAUGAUUCUGACGAUGAAAGUUGAAUCGGCCCAUGCGUACGUAUUCGUCUAAUUUCUAAGAUAUUAGUAGUAAGUCUUUACCAAACGUACCUACGAUUUAGUACCUACCUAACGUGUACCUAGCUAUUCCAAAGCAACGUCGGAUAUUCCUAUUGUUACAAUACAACUAUUACGUAUACCGAGAGUAUUCCUGUAGUGGCCAGUCUGGUUGCGCUAGCGUGCCGGUAACUUAGGAUACAAUUACUGGCACACGACAAUUCUACGUGCGUGAUCUUCGCUGGCUCCUGACUGCUUACACCAGCAAAGAUCACGCACGUAGAAUUUUUGUGUUUAGUGAUUGCAUCCUAAGGUACCGACACGGUAGCGCAACUGGACUGCCCACCAUACAGGAAUGUUCUCAGUAUAAUAAGUCUGUGAUACAACUAGUUAUCUAAAUACUUACCUUUUUCAGUACAAUUUGUAAUUAAUAGGAUCAUUCAACAAAUGUGAUUUUAGUUAGUUUUUAGUCAUCGAUCAUAUGCAUUUUAUUUUCUUGUUACAUUUCUAUCCAAUAUUCUAAUAAUUUCAUUUUCAUAAAUGCUAUAUUUAUAACCAGUACAAAAUAUUUUUGAUAACAAUUAAAGUUCCCUUUUGUUUGAUACAAAAUACUCAUAUAAUAUAUUUAUUUAUAGUAAUGGAAAUGUACCUCUUAUUCACCUGUAUCUGAAAAACUGCGCCUAUAUAAUACUUAUAAAACCAUCCAAGAAUUCAUCAAGACCAGAUGAUGAUGACUUCAUAGUGUCUCUAACAUUCUAGCUAUAUUGUCACGUUUUGUCCUGGCAUCCUCGUUGUGA